UGAAAUAAUUCCAUUCUGUGUUGAACACCUGUCAACGUUCAAGAACGGAGGGUAGCCAAUCCUGUUUCUGUAUUUAACAUAGGGGCGGGCCACACUCAUAUAGGCUAUCUAAAGCAAACCUUCUAUGUACACUGCUACUUCUGGUUUGGGGAGAUGGCGUCGUUGGCAGCAAUAGAGCCAGGGCUAAGCCCGGGGACAUUACCGAAAGAGCAAUCCGUAGUACCAGUUUCUAUAUUCGCACCGGACUGUGGGGAUGACCUUUCAGGGGCAGAGUGCUUCGAAGACGGAGAGAAUGUUAACGGCGAGUCCGAGGAUCAUUUAGACUUUACUAGCAAGCUGACUCUGGUCAGCCCCACAGGAGAACAGUAUGACUCGUUACUACGGCAACUCCGAGAGAGGAUGGAUGAAGGAUGUGGGGAGACCAUUUAUGUGGUGGGAGUGGGCUCAGACGGAGGUGACUAUGGUCUGGACGAGGGGGACAUGGAGGCGUCAGUGGCCACGGUUCAAUCCCUCUGUGAGCAGAUAGAGGCAGACAUGAUCCUGCUGAGAGAACGUACCGACGCAGGGGGGAAAGUACGAGACUACCUCAUCCGCCGACGGGUCGGAGAGGAGGACUUCCUGGAAGUGAGGGUGGCGGUGGUGGGUAACGUGGAUGCCGGUAAGAGCACCCUGCUGGGGGUGUUGACCCACGGGGAGCUGGACAACGGCAGGGGGUUCGCCAGGCAGAAACUCUUCCGACACAAACACGAGAUGGAGAGCGGCAGGACCAGCAGUGUGGGGAACGACAUCCUGGGCUUCGACCAGGAGGGACAUGUGGUGAAUAAGCCAGAUAAUCACGGGGGCAGUCUGGACUGGACUAAGAUCUGUGAGAGGUCCUCUAAGGUCAUCACCUUCAUAGAUCUGGCCGGCCACGAGAAGUACCUGAAAACCACUGUGUUUGGAAUGACCGGACACCUACCAGACUUCUGUAUGCUCAUGGUGGGCAGUAAUGCAGGUAUUGUAGGGAUGACCAAGGAGCAUCUAGGUUUGGCUCUAGCCCUGAAUGUACCAGUCUUUGUAGUGGUCACCAAGAUAGACAUGUGUCCAGCCAAUAUCCUAGCAGAGACACUGCAUCUGUUACAGAGGUUACUGAAGUCCCCAGGAUGUAGAAAGAUCCCCGUACUGGUUCAAAACAAAGAUGACGUUAUCGUCACUGCAUCCAACUUCAGCUCAGAGAGGAUGUGUCCAAUCUUCCAGGUCUCUAAUGUAACAGGAGACAACAUGGAUCUCCUUUCCUUUCUCUUCUCCCUCCUCCCCUCUCUCUCUGUGUCUCUCCCCCUAGGAUGUCUCCAAUGUAACAGGAGACAACAUGGAUCUCCUUUCCUUUCUCUUCUCCCUCCUCCCCUCUCUCUCUGUGUCUCUCCCCCUAGGAUGUGUCCAAUCUUCCAGGUCUCUAAUGUAACAGGAGACAACAUGGAUCUUCUGAAGAUGUUCCUCAACCUGCUGUCUUCUAAAACCUCCUAUAGAGAAGAUGAGCCUGCCGAGUUCCAGAUCGAUGACACCUACUCAGUACCGGGUGUGGGCACAGUAGUAUCCGGCACUACGUUACGUGGAUUGAUACGACUGAAUGACACGCUGCUGCUCGGCCCAGACCCCCUGGGCAGUUUCCUCUCCAUCGCUGUCAAAUCUAUCCACCGCAAGAGGAUGCCUGUCAAAGAGGUCCGGGGGGGACAGACCGCCUCCUUCGCGCUGAAAAAGAUCAAGCGUUCCUCCAUCAGGAAGGGGAUGGUGAUGAUCUCUCCCAGACUAACACCUCAGGCUACCUGGGAGUUCAUGGCUGAGAUACUGGUCCUGCACCACCCCACCACCAUAUCCCCACGAUACCAGGCUAUGGUGCACUGUGGCAGCAUCAGACAGACAGCCACCAUUCUGACCAUGAACAGAGACUGUCUACGUACUGGGGACAAGGCCUCAGUCCACUUCAGAUUCAUCAAGACCCCAGAGUACCUCCACACAGACCAGAGACUGGUGUUCAGAGAGGGACGCACCAAGGCUGUGGGCACCAUUACCAAGCUGCUCCAGUCAGUCACCAAGGCCCAGCAGGCCAAGAUGCAGUCCACUAAGAAGGGCACCACGUCAGCCAAUGAGGAGGCAGGAUCCGCACCGCGUCCUGACAGCCCCAACGCAGGACAGCUACCGACAGUGGGGGAGGAGGAGACGCUAUGUAAAGACGGCAACAAAGAGAACCAGCCCAAGUCAGGAGGUGGAGGCAGGAGGAGAGGGGGUCAGAGACACCGAGGAAAAGCCCUGAACAGCACAGCCUCACCAACAUCACAACAACACACACCAGCUGCAGCAGGAGUGGGCACCACUGCCUAACCCCCCCCCCCCACCACCAUCUCCUCUCGCUACUCUCAUCUACAUCCACUCUUCUAUAUCCUCCUCUACAUCUUGUUUUGUAAUCAUUCUUGUUCCAAUUGGGGGAGAAGGAAUGAAUGUAGCAAAGAAAAGGAGGACGAGAAGUGAAACAUGCAUUAAUCCUAAAUGACACAGCUUAACAUGUCCAUCCUAGUUAGAUCACCAUUACAGAGUAGCUCUAGAACCUUGUUAAAUGUCACUAUGGCAACUAACGACUGAACUGGCUCCUGGAAAAUAGCAGAAAGAAGCAGUUGACUCAAUCUAACAGACACGGUGUAGUAAUAGAAACGAACAAGGUUUUUAUUACAGAUUCAUUAUGUAGACAGGAAACAAAUGGUGUUCAGGCACUGAGAUCUGUUGUCUUAAGGGGUCGUCAUCCAGUCUAAUAAUGACUGACUCCAGAUUUAAUCUAACAGGAAAUAAAUGGUGUCGUUGACAAGGUUUAGAUGAAAUCUAACAGACCGGACAUGGAUGGCAUCGGAGUCUAGGUUUAGAUUUGUUAUUCCAUUGGUCAUUAUUUAGACAGGAGAGGAAUAGUGUACUCCAAGGUCUCCACUCAAUCUAAUAGAACAGGAUAGGUGUAGUUCAGACAUGGGAUAGUCCUACCUAACCAACCCCAAGGACAAUGUUCACUAGGCUCAUACACUGCCAUCUGACUAUACAUAAAACACUGGUUCUGAAACAUUGGAUCAGGACUCACUGUAGGUCCAUGUUUUGUUCUAUUUUUGCCCUGGUUGUAUUUUAAUAGGAAAUGCAACUAAUUUGGGCCUUGGAAAACCUGGUGUACAAAACCUAUCAUUUAGAUGUGUGCCUUUUUAGAUGUCUGCCCAAACAGAGCAUUGAGUGGAAACUAUGAAAGCUGUGUAUUUUUUAAAUAGUGGAUUUUGGUCUUGGAGAAAUUAAGUGAGCUACAUUGUUCAAAUGGGUGCAACGUUCGUUCAAUGUUCUGUCCAUCUUUUGCAGUCAGAAAUGUUGACGCGUGCUGAAAAACACACACCGCAUAUCUGUUCUAUAAUUAAUUUCAAUAGAUUUGGGAAUCGUUGCUCCGCUACCCUUGUAGUGUGUUCUGUGUUGGAUUAUUUAUUUGGCUUUCAUAGAUGAAAGGGUUUGGAAAAUCCAAGAAGGCUAAUACGACUUAAAAGUAUUUCAGGAGGAUUUAGAAGUUUUCCAUGUUAUCCUCCAUACCCUCUCAAGGACAUUGUUUGAGCCCAAAAACGCAGGCGGAAUAGUAGUUUUAAGAUUUGUUGUUUUCAUUCAGUUUCUAGUCAUGCACACCUUCUAUAAAAUGUGUUGGCGGAACUAGGGGUUUUGGGAUUGAAGAUGAUUGAAGAUUUUACGUUAAUCCAUUUCCAUACUUGAUAUGAUUCAAAUGUAUUUUUUCUAAGCUUUGAUAUGGUUUUAUCAGGUGGUGUGAGCAUUUUUAUUUUGGGUUUGGAUUGGGACAGGUUUCAGUGGUGGAAGGCUUGGAUUGGUUGUUACCACCAGGCAGAAGUUACACUUUAGUACACAUCUAGGAUCAGUUUAUCCAAUGUCGUGGUCAUUUCCUGUAUUACUAAAUGACGAGUUACAAACCACACACCAGUCAGAGUUAUACUUAAAUGUCAUCUUUUAAUAAUAUGAGCUUCACCAUAGCCCUGUGACUCUCAGAUCAAUUCAGUGUCUAUAAAUGAAUUCUCUGAGAGUGUCAACAUAAUGGCAACAGAUAUUUUAUAGCAAAGAUCCACCCCCUAGUCGACAUGAUAAACCACAGAUCAUAACAACUUCACAAAGGGCUUUUUACUUACAAAAAGGAGUAUCCCAUAGCCAGAUAGCAUUAGCUAUAAAUUAUCGUUCAGUUUGGUCUCUUAGACAAGGUUCUUCUUCUCGUUCUUGGUACUUCCUAGUACCAAAACAUUACCUCAUCCAAUGGCAUAUAUCUAUUGUCAAUUAUAGAUACUCCUGGACAAGCUCACGAAGGAGAGUGUGCCUCUAGGUCAUAUACUAGGUCAAGAGAAGGGCAACAUCAGAGGGGUAAUACAAUGGUUCCAGACACUGCCAUACUCCUCCCCCCAAUGAGAAAAGGAGGGAGUGACUGGAGUACAGACAUGGUGGAGCCCUUCACGUGGUUUAGGAAUAGUUACAGACACAUUCAAAUAUGAAGACAAUCCUGACCUCUCCCCUCUCUGGGCCCCAAGUGACUAUCUCACAAGCAUAUUCUGAAAGUAAAUAAAACAUAUUUAUCAAUGUUACCUAACUAAUUCUGAUUCAGCUACGACACCAAUCACAGAUGUUAUCCUUUAGUAUUAGAGGGGGAAACGACUGACCUUAGAUCCGGUCUAAAGGUAACCUCAUUUCAUUUCUUAUUCUCUGUUUUGAUGAUGGAUGUUGAUCUCUACAUUCAACAACCAUUUUUAUUUUUUUAGCUAAUAUUAGUGUAUACUUUUAUUUUUAUUUUUGAAUGGACCGAGUGACACUUUUGUGUCUGCAUCUUAUGUACAAAAAAUGAAAGUUGCGCCGAAAGAAAAAGAAAGCCCUUUAACUUAACACAGUGGUGCCAGUUUGUUGUAAAUCCUUUUAAAUAAAGAUGUUUCAGAGUA